UCAUGUAAACAACGCAGAAAGCUGUCGUUGCCAAGUUUCGAAACACUGACAUAGGCGAGUGGCACACACUUAUAUAUUAUUAUUUUGUGUUCUGUAUGUCUCUUGUCAUUCGAAUCUCAGAAUGGAAAACAAAGAACUAUUUCUUCAAUGUAAGAAAGGAGACUUAGAAAAAGUAAGGUUCUUAAUAGAGCAGCGAGAUGCAGACGUGAAUAUCCGAGAUAAAUGGGACAGUACCCCUCUAUAUUAUGCGUGUUUAUGUGGACACCAGCCAAUAGUCGAAUAUCUAAUUGGAGUUGGCGCGCGGUGCGAAGCGAAUACCUUUGACGGAGAGCGAUGUUUAUACGGAGCGCUAACGGAUGAUAUUCGACGCAUCUUAACACAACACAAUUUAGUAACCACCCACACUAUUAGAAGGGACGCCUAUGAUGAAUUUUUAAGGAGGUUGUUUGAAAGUGGCGAAUACAGCGAUGUUACAUUCGUGGUACAAGGGCAGUUGUUUGCUCUCCAUCGGUGCAUACUUAGUGCACGCUCAGAUUACUUUAGAGAAAUGUUUGUGACAAAAUGGCACAACAGACCAAAAGUUGCCAUCAAUAGAGAUUUGGUGGAGCCCGUGUCUUUUAGCGCGGUGAUGAAGUAUAUCUACACGGGGCGGUUUGAGUGCCCGGUCGACCAGCUGAGAGGGUGCAUUCGUAUCGGCUUGAACUGCAGGCUGCCCAACUUCAAGGAAAUGCUUGAGGACGCGCACAAGAAAGCGCUCAGUUUGCCAUACCGAAACGGAUGAUUUCAAGGAAGAGGAAGGGGCGCUGAGGGAACUCACCUUUCUGAACGAUGGCACCAUUGUCGGGUGACUGAAUCAACAUGCUUGCGGCUCUCGCAUGGUCGCGCCUCGUCCCACGCCAAGCAGACAGAAACGCGUGCGUAUGUAUGAAGUGUUGCGUUCUUUCAGCAGGACACGGCGGCCGCACGCACUCACGGACGCAGAUUGGAGAGAGGCUCUGCUCGUGUCCCCGGCCUCACUCGCAGCUUAGGCUCAGUGUGCUCGGUGACAGCAAUCGGUCUUCGGCCACAGACCCGACAGGCGUACGUACCCCGAUGCCUUGCCGCCGUCUCGUUUACACACUCUUACUCCAGACGCGCCUCAGCCGUCUCCACUGCGGUCGGCUGUCCGCGCAGACCGAUAAAACACCACGGUAUGAACUCCGGACUCGUCUAGGGGAGUCUGACACGCGAUCUCCGCCUCGAAACCGCCGCAGUCAGUCUCAAAGUGUGACACAGGAGGAGGGGAAACGCGCGAGCAGGCGACCGCUGUAUGAGGGGAACGUUGAGUGACACGUUUGGGUGACGUGCUAGCGUCUGCCUCCUCGUCUGUGCAACCUCGCAAGUGCUGCAACGCCCUUUACCUCCUCGCUCACAUCUCGCCCAGAAAUGCUCAAGAUAGGGAAAAUGGGCGGGUUGUCUAGUUCGAUAUUGUCAGUAUGGACAAGCUUGGGAAAAAUCGGAUAGGUUGAUGUAACAGGAAGUAGCUUCUGCCCCGUUUUUAUACUUAUACAUUUGUUUCUUCCGUCGAAAUAAAGUGUAUGUCUAUUAAAAAAAUGUGAGAUGUUUUUAGUAUAAUCACUAUUUCAUCUUUAAACAUUGCAUUGUAACAUACCAAAUACGAUUCUUCAUUAACCAUAAAUACACGCCUUUAUAUUAAUCCCUUCUGGCAUAACAUCUUCGAGUAUUUAGUCUAAUAAUUCUCGGGAGUCCAGAUCGGGCCAAAUACCAUAGGUAGAGACAUCGCACAUGGUACAUAUGGUACAUAGUUUAGGUAAAUCAUUUCCCCACGGUUGGCACUGUUAAAUUGUGAGUCGGAUUAAAGCUUGGGUAUCUCAGUCAUUCCACUUCAGAAACUGUUACCAAAAUAGUGCAUGAUCAGCCUUGAUAAUGCAUGCACGUUCAAGAAGAAUGCAUCGU